AUGGCUGAACCCUUCCCAACCCCGACGACGACGCCGAAGCGCAAGAGAGACGAGGACGCCCCGCCGGUGUCGCCGAUAUACACAACCUCCAGAUUCAACUUCCAGCUGCCUGCCGACCACCCCAAGAGCAGCGACGCAGAAGACGGCAGCGCAAGCCCGCACAGCAAGGUCGUCCACAAGUUCCGUGGUCUGGCGUUAGGUGGGAAUAGUGGUGGGGGCGGGGUAGCCCAGCAACAGAGCCGAGCUGCUGCUGCUGGACCCGGCAGCGCCGCAUAUGAUCCGACCCGCGACGAGCACAAGGACGGCAGGGGGUACGGAUAUUCUGACGACGACCCGUUUGCGAGCCGCAAGAGAGUCAAGGUUCCUGAGUUGGAGAUGACGGACGUUGAGCGCGACAACACUGCCGUCGCUACCACUACUGCUACCACUGCUGCAGAUGCACUGGUCGUCAUUCCGGACCCCGAUGUCAAGAGCGAUCCGGUGUCUAUCCCGAAAUCGAAAUCCACAGAAGAAGACGCUCCCACUGCUACCGCCACAACACUACUCACGAGCACACAACAACCGCGCUCGCAUCCUUCCUUCGACAAACUACAAGAUCCGAAAGCCCGAGGACGGAGACGCGCAGGCACACCACCGCUCAAGGGCCGCAAGGGGACCAACAAGACCAACCCUGCCAUCAUAGCCUCUGCCGCUGCUGGACUGCAGCAACAACAAGAAGACCAGGAGAUGAAGACGAUUGUUGACCCAGUCAGGGCUGCGCUUACCUGGAAGGAGGAGGAGAUUACGAUUUACGAUCCAGAAGACAAGGACGACGACGGCACAGGCAUCAAUGGUGUCGGGUUCAUGCCUACAGCCGCGAUGGCAUAUGCACGGACGCAGAAGCGCCGCCUGCAGCUGGCCGAGUACAAGAAGAGGGAAGAGAGCGAGGCGAGGGCUAGAAGAAGUCAGCGGAGACGAGGGAGCGGUGCUGGUCUUCCUUCCAAGCCUUCUGCUGGUGGCAGCGGCGGCGGCGUACGAAAGGUGCGAUUCACCGAAUCGGAAGCCAGCACAGUCGUGACGAACGUCUAA